CUCACUUACGUUUGCGUUUGUGGUUUAUAUGUACGUUUGAUAUAAAUUGUCCUAUUCGUGUCUUGUUUUUUGUCAGUAUCACUACAUAGUUAAAAUCAAAAUGGCGCGUCUUAUUGUUUGUGUGCUUGCCGUUCUAGUUUUAGUCAGCUUGAGAUGUUGUGAUUCAGCUCCACACUUUGGAGUGCUCGGUAUUGGGGGAGCCAUUGGUGGGGCGGUCCUUGGAGGGCUUUCUGGCUACCCAGGAGGCUACGGUGGUGGACCAGGCUACGGUGUUGGAGGACCAGGCUACGGUCACCAUGGUUACGGAGGCUACGGCCACGGUGGCUACGGGGGUCCAGGCUACGAUCAAUACGGCUAUGGAAAUCCUGGUUUAAGUUUUUCAAAAAGUGAGAGUGUCAGUCUUGGAGCUGGGGGCGUCGCCCAGUCCAGCAGUAGUGCUGGCGGUUUUGGUAAAUAGUUGGUUUUAUUGUAAACGUGUUAAUGUUGAACGAAAUAAAUGAGUUAAUUUACUGGCUGGA